AUGGUUCGACCAACAUUGGGCUUCGCUAGCCUGGCGCUCACGGCAAGCUCGGUCUGGGCAGCCUCCUACAACAUAGUCGACACCUUCGACGCGAGCAACUUCUUCAGCGAGUUCGACUUCUUCACCGCGCCGGACCCCACGCACGGGUUCGUCAAGUACGUCGACUCGGCCACGGCGAGCCGAGAUGGCCUCGCGGGCUACGCCGACGGCGGUGUCUACCUCGGCGUCGACUACACCAACACCACCACGACAGGCCGCCCCUCGGUCCGGGUCACGUCCAAGAAGGCCUACACCAAGGGCCUAUUCAUCGCCGACAUCGCACACAUGCCCGCGGGGGCGGCCGGGUCCAGCUCGUGCGGCAUCUGGCCUGCCUUCUGGAUGUUCGGCCCCAACUGGCCCAACUCGGGGGAGAUCGACAUCAUCGAGGGAGUCAACAGCCAGCGGUCCAACGCCGUAACACUGCACACGGGGCCCGGGUGCGCCGUGACCAACGCGGGCUCGCUCGCGGGCACCAAGCUGGUCUCGACCGACUGCGAGGGCAACGCGGGCUGCUCGCAGAGCACGGGCGCGGCCGACAACUACGGCGCGGGCUUCAACGCGGCCGGCGGCGGCAUCUACGCGCUCGAGUGGACCGACGCCGCCAUCAAAGUGUGGUUCUUCCCGCGCGGCAGCCCCACCGCCGCCGCCCUCGCCCUCCCCUCUUCCUCACCACAACAGCAACAACCAAACCCCAACCCCAACACAAACUCCUCAUCAUCAUCAUCAUCCUCCUCCCCAGACCCCUCCACCUUCGGCACCCCCCUAGCCGUCUUCGCCGGCUGCCCCCUCGCCGACCACUUCGCCGACCACAACCUGGUCUUCGACACCACCUUCUGCGGCGACUGGGCCGGGCGUGUGUGGGAUACCGAUAGCGCGUGUGCCGCGCUGGCGCCGACGUGUGAGGAGUUUGUGGGGGGGAAUCCGGAGGUGUUUGCGCAGGCUUUUUGUGAUCCGCCGGGGAGCCCGCGGAUACCCUCUUUUCCGGACGGAGUGAAGGUCCUGCACGACUGCCCCGACGCCGUUGUCGAUAUCUGCUUUGUUCACGGUCUAACCGGAGACCGGGAGAGCACAUGGACCGCUCAUGGGCACUCCGCGUCCUGGCCGGAGACCCUCCUGCCGCCGAAGCUCAGUAACAGCCGCAUACUCACGUACGGCUACGACGCAUAUGUUGUGCGGAAGGGAGUCGCAGGGUCUAACCGGCUCCCUCACCAUGCAAAGAACCUUCUGCACGAUCUGACAACAAACCGAAACCUCAACGACUCGUCGUCUCGUCCUCUCAUCUUCGUGGCCCAUAGCCUCGGCGGCCUCGUCUGCAAAAAAGCCAUUCUUCUCUCGCGGAAUAACCCGGAUGCCUAUCUCUGCGACAUCUUCAAGUACACCAAAGGCAUCAUAUUCAUGGGCACCCCUCACAGAGGGUCGUGGAUGGCAGAUUGGGCUAAGAUACCGGCAUCGGCUCUCGGCCUUGUCAAGUCCGUCAACAAGCCCAUUCUGGGGGUCCUCCAGACAGACAACGAGCUCCUGGAUUCCGUUCAGGACGAUUUCUGGUCAAUGAUACGAGGAUUGCGAGAAGGGGGCAGACCUUUCGAGGUCAUUUGCGCCCGCGAGGAAUUACCUCUGCCUGUUGUCGGCAAAGUCGUGUCCGACGGAUCGGCUGCCCUCGAAGGGUAUGAUUCCUUCAGUAUCCACGCCAACCAUAGAGAUAUGGUGAGGUUCGCCUCUGCAGAAGAAAACGGGUUUAAAAGUCUGCUUGGUGUACUGACCAGGUGGAAAUCACAACUUGAGCCUGUUGUUCAACCCUCGCCCUUGUCCAAGUCUUCUCAAAAUUGCCUCCAGUCGCUAGCCUUCCCGCAAAUGCAGGACCGGUCUCACGAUAUCGACAACGCUACCGCGGGAACAUGCGAGUGGUUACUUCGACAUGAGAAGUACACUACCUGGACCGCUUGCGAUCAAGGCCUGCUCUGGAUCAAAGGAAAGCCGGGCUCCGGGAAGUCUACACUGCUAAAAUACGCGCUCAGCAAUCACAAUUCCGGAGACGGCGCCCUUGUCCUCUCAUUCUUCUUUCAUGGCCGCGGCGAUGAACUUCAAAAGACCCCUCUUGGCCUCAUCCGGUCUCUGCUUCAUCAAAUCCUUGGGCAGGCCCCUGACGCACUUCAGGAUCUCGUCGGCGUGUUUGAGUCCAAGUGCAAGAAUAAUGGCAGUCCGGGUGCCGACUGGCGCUGGCAUGAGGGGGAACUGCGGCCAUUCCUCCAGGCGUCUCUUCCGAAGGUCUUGAGGACGCGCCCGAUCUGGUUGUUUAUCGACGCCUUGGACGAGUGCGGCAAAGACAAUGCGGUCCGACUUGUUGGGGCCUUCAAUGCCUUGCUGGAGAGUCUUGCAACCCAGUCUGAGGAUCUCCAGCAGUUCCAUAUCUGCUUUUCUUGCCGUCACUACCCAAUCCUGGAUGCGGACGAGAGCAGAUUCGAAAUAUGCACCGAGCAUGAAAACGAAAAGGACAUCUCGGCCUUUGUGGAUGACAAGCUUGCCGCGUUCCGUACGGGAGCAUCAUCCAAUAUCCCCGAUCUGAUUACGGCGCGUGCUUCGGGGGUCUUCAUGUGGGCACGUCUGGUGGUGGAGCGGAUUCUGGACCUUGAACGCGACGGCGCCGGACCACUUAGGAUGGAAAAAGCCAUCUCCGCUACCCCUCCUGACCUCGACGCACUCUACCGACAACUUGUUCGAGACAUGGAUGCCCGUUCCAAAAAGCUGAUCCAAUGGGUUUGCUUUGCCACCCGGCCCCUAAGUCUCGACGAACUGCGAUGGGCAAUGGUCAUCGAGGCUGAUUGCCCAUACACGUCACUACAGGCAUGCCAGAGUGCAGAAGACUACGUCGCCGAUGGUGCUCGGAUGAAAAGGCAAGCCCAGACGCUCAGCCGCGGCCUUGUCGAAGUUACCCACACCCAAGUUGUUCAGUUCAUCCACCAGUCCGUCAAAGACUUCUUUUUUGAGAAAGACUUCUCAACUUUGGGCGGCGGUAAAACGUUGACCGAGGCGGCAAUUCGAGCACACCUUCGGUUCUUCAAGAUUUGCCUACGCUACCUGGCGAUGGAGGAGAUCGGUCAGGUCGAAGUCAACGUGAAGAAUAACGACGGCGAUACAGCACUGUCGUUAGCUAUAGGUAGUUCACAAGAGGCCAUUGUGCGGCUACUACUUGGCACUGCCGAGGUCGAUGUUAACGUGGAGGCUGGCGACGGCUUGACACCGCUGUCGCUGGCCGCAAAGAAAGGGCAGGAGGAUAUUGUGCAGCUACUACUUGAUACGGGCAAAGUUGAUAUCAAUAAGGAGGAUGAUGAGGGCCGUACGGCACUGUCACUGGCCGCGGAGAAUGGGCAUGAGGCUGUUGUACAGCUACUCAAGUUAACAGAGUAG